UCAGGAACCAAAACUCCUUUGAAGGGCUCACCAUGGCAGUCUGGGCUCUGCUUUCCCUUGCUCUUUUCAGUUACUGCUCAGGUGUCAGUUCCCAGGCAAGUAUAACUCAGCCUGCCUCCGCAUCUGGGUCCCUGGGCCAAACCGUGACACUCUCCUGCACCAGAAGCAGUGGGAGCUGGGAAAGCUUUUAUCACUGGUACCAACAGAGACCUGGGCAGGGUCCUCGCUUCGUGCACCGGCCAGGUGGCAGCCGGGGAGAAGGGAUCCCAGAUCGGUUCACUGCCUCUGGCUCUGGAAACAAUUACCUUUUGACCAUCACUAAUGUCGAGGCUGAAGACGAGGCGGAUUAUUACUGUGGCGAAUGGGAGAGCACUGGUGGUUGGAAGUUCCACAUUACUCCUUUGAUUCGGAAAGCCAAACUCACCAUGGCCUGGGCUCUGUUUCUCCUUGCAUUUCUCACUUACUGCUCAGGUGUCCAUUCCCAGAGUGUGACUCAGCCUGCCUCUGCCUCUGUGUCUCUGGGCCAAACAGUUAAACUCUCCUGCACUGAAAGCAGUGGGGGUAGCUGGGAUUACUUCAGCUGGUAUCAACAGAGACCUGGACAGGCUCCUCGCUUCCUCUGGUAUGGUACCAGCAGCAGGGGAGAAGGGGUCCCGGAUCGGUUCACUGGGUCUUACUCUGGAAAGACUGGCUCUUUAACCAUCACCAACGCCCAGGCUGAAGACGAGGCCGAUUAUUACUGUGCUAAUGCUGAGGGUACUGGUAGUAGCUUCAAGUUCCACAGCGAUGCACCCUAA